UUGCUUAUAUAUAGGUAUGGUUUUAUAAGGGGUUUCGAGAACCGGCCUGACUACGAUUCCCAGCAUUCCCCGCGGCGAGGCCGCGUCCUCCUAUACCGGCGCUGUCUGCCUGACGUCACGCCGCAGUCAGACGAGAGACCGAACUACCUUUCCCAGUAUGCUUUUCGCCUAGAGCCGCCGACAGACUACCGGGUGUUUCUGGCCGCUGUGAUUGGCCUCUCGGCUGAUGGAGGGCGCGGUCCAGAGAGGGCCGGCCAAUCGGAGCUUCCCGGGGUGCCUCACGCGAGAGGGGAAGGCGGGCUAGCGGUGAGACAUACGUGUCAGGGACAGGAGCGGAAAGCAGCGGCAGCAGCAGCGAUGGCCGCGUCCGUGGCCGGGCAAGGCGAGACCGACGAGCUCUUCGACGUGAGGAACAACUUCUACAUCGGGGCUUCCCAGGCUGCCAUUAACGAGGCGCAGCGCGUCAAGCCAUCCAGCGCCGAGAAAGAAGUGGAGAGGGACAUCUUCCUGUACCGUGCCUACAUCGCCCAGCGGAAAUAUGGCGUCGUGCUGGAUGAAAUCAAGCCCAGCGCGUGUCCAGAACUUCAGGCCGUGCGGAUGUUUGCGGAAUAUCUUUCUAGUGAGAACCGGAGGGAUGCGAUUGUGGCCGAGCUGGAUAAGAAAAUGGCCAAGAGUGUCGACGUCACCAACACAACUUUCCUCUUGAUGGCGGCGUCCGUCUACUUCCAUGACCAAAAUCUGGAUGCAGCCCUGCGUACGCUGCACCAGGGGGAGAGCUUGGAGUGCAUGGCUAUGACCAUCCAAAUCCUUCUCAGACUGGACCGCCUGGAUCUGGCCCGGAAGGAGCUGAAGAAGAUGCAGGAGCAGGACGAAGACGCCACCCUGACCCAGCUGGCAACAGCCUGGGUGAACCUAGCCGUGGGUGGCGAGAAACUGCAGGACGCCUACUACAUCUUCCAGGAGAUGGCGGACAAGUGGACGUCCACCCUGCUGCUGCUGAACGGGCAGGCGGCCUGCUACAUGGCCCAGGGCAAGUGGGAAGAUGCGGAGGGGGUGCUGCAGGAGGCCCUCGACAAGGACAGCAGCCACCCCGAGACCCUGGUCAACUUUGUGGUCCUCUCGCAACACCUGGGGAAGCCCCCAGAGGUGACGAACCGUUACCUGUCGCAGUUGAAAGAUGCCCACCGGAACCACCCCUUCAUAAAGGAGUACCAGGCCAAGGAGAACGACUUUGAGCGCUUGGCUUUGCAAUACGCUCCCUGCGCGUGAGGCUGGCGGCAGAAGACCAGGCCGCGUUUUUUUCUGCAAAGUGGGGAUCAGUGCCCCGCGACGUCUCGGAGGGCCUUGGCAUCUCCCUACCAAAGCGGACACCUUUUCCGUGUCGUUGGCGAGCCGUGCGGGACUCUGCGUCCCCCGUCCGUCCCCGGUUUUGAGAAAACACUGAUCUAUGGGAAACAGAGACUUCUAAAUGCCGUGGCGUUAUACAUUCCCAAUAAAGCCUUCGCUGGGCG